AUGGUGUCACUGAGAAGACGCUCAAAGCGAGUCCCAACCAUACUCACCACAUACAAGCCCCACGCUAACUCCAACCUCCUGCUCCAACAGACCUCUCUCAUGCUGUCCCGCGUGCCCAAGCUACGCAAAGCGCGCAUAGCAGGAUACCGACGUUCUGUACGCUCUGGCGACGGACCCAACACGCUCGCAUUCGAUGCAGUAAACUUUGGUGAGUGGAGCGGCGAAGAAGUCGUGAAAGGCGUUGUUUUUCAAGCGUUCAAUUUGGAGGAGGAGCGUCGUGUGAUUGAGUAUGCGGGAGGCUCCGGCGAGGUGAAGCAGGUGGUCAUGAAGGUUGCUUGUCCGAGUGUACUGGGCCUGGCGGGGAAGAUGGAGACGGUGUUGGGGAGGAUCUUUGUUCCUGAGGGUGAUGGCGAUACUCUGGUCGGGAGUGAGGACAGUAACCGCAGCACGAUGGCUGUGGAUGGCGAUCGCAACGAAGAGUACAUCGACGAGUUCAGCGACGAGGACUUCUCCGAGACCAGCUCACAGGCCACCGUCGAGGGUCACCCGACUCCACGCAUCUCACCUUCGAUCUCGACUCUCAACGACGCGGACGUUCCGCACAGGUCUCUCGAUGACCUUCCGCUUUCUGCCAUCAAUGAGCACCCAGCGGACUCGAUGAUCGAAACUACGGACUGGGCGGCCACAAGACAGGUUGAGACUACGGACCUCAACCAGAUUGAGGAGCCUGAGGAGAUUCAAGACGUCGAGGAAACCGAGACCGAGGAGUCCGACGAGUCCGAGGAAGAUGACCAGGAGACUGAAGGCACUGAAGAGAUCAAGGAAACCGAGGUCACCGAAUACAAUAUCGAUACCAUCUCCAUGAGCUCAACCAGAUCUCUAAGACCAUCGGACUUCCAGAGGUUCCUCGGAGCUGAAUCUGCACGUGCAGCACCGAUACCCUCCCCUUGGCAGCCAACCGUCCCCUGGGAGAAGAGGACUGCGCUCGCACCUGUCCGCAACGAGAUCGUACGCACCCCUAGCCAGUUCAGCGGCACUGAGACUAGGAGACGCAAGACCAGCGACAGCAUCAAGUCUCUUGUCGACCACUUCGAGAACUUGUCGCCGGCGAGCACGCCUACCAAGGACAAGUUCGGCAAGGACGGCUCUUUCAAGGACGGUUCCAUCAAGGACGACUUCAUCAAGAACGACUCUAUCAAGGACACCGGCAAGGACACCGAUAAGGGCGCCUGGGUGACGUGA